AUGAGUACGUCGGGAUACGAUUGUGUGUCAUCGAGCGAGCCCUCCACUUCCUCCCUCGGUUCCAAUUCGAAUGAUUACGGUGGAAGUACGGACUUUAGUCAGCAUCGAGAUGAUGCAACGGAUGUCCUCAACUACGAAAACUACACUUCGUCAACGAAACGACGACGAUUGAGGAAGCAAAUGCCUACGGUCAAACAGCGAGAGAGGAGGGUUCAGAAUCGGAAGAAAAAUGGCCAAACGAAAUUAAAAUUGGCCAAAAAUUAUGGGAAAAUCAUAUCAAAAGAGAUCCCAAUCGGGAUGGAAAUGGAAGUCAAAUCGCCGCGGAUUCAGAUGCAUGCAGAAAUCAGGUCGAGAAUCCGAACCAACGCACAACGUGAGGUCUUUUCGCCCAUCCAGAACGUCCUCAACGCCAACAUCGAAUACGAUUGUUCGAGCCCCGAGAGCCCGAUCAAUGUGGAGAGCUAUCGCUACAGCGCCUCUGUGUUCGAAUGUCCCAUUGGCUAUAGUAAUCAAAUCUAUUCGAAUACGAACACCCGAGCCCCUUCGCUGACGCCACCAAUCAGCGAUGAAUGCUAUGGAACGGGCAGCGAUGAUCAUCAAAUCCACGAAUUGGAAAUCUCGGAUGACGAUCAGACCGAUUUCAUUAAUGCCACCAACAAAAUCUACGAGAAUUUGUCGAUGGAGCCGGUCACUUUUCCCGUCGCUCAGCCCAAAGUCUCGGAUCUGAAAUCGUUACCGCCGGUUUUGCCUCCAGAAGUCCAUCCGGAAGACGAAGCGUCACUUUAUGGUAAGUUUGGCCGAGAAUUAGGGGCAUUACGUAAUUUCGGGAUUAGGCAAAUUUUAAGGGCACUUGAUUUGGCGGCCUUUUUUUGGCAAACAACAGCUUCUGAGGCUAAAAUAAUAUAAGAAAAAAUUCUAAAACUGAAUGAAACUAGAAUUGAAAUUAGAGUUUGAUGACGGCAGUCUAUGAAAAAAAUUAUUUUCAGGUCGAUUGACAGCCUUGCUUUUUGUCGAAGCCCGAAACGAAAAGACCACCCGCCAAAAAAUUGUGGAGGUCCAAGAGGAACUGAAGAUUUUGUUCAAUAUCCCGAGCUUAUUUGAUGUUUGUGUGGACAAUGAGCCGUCCUAUCGACAAAACUGCGCCUUCCUUGGUAAGUAUUACAUCCCCAUUUUUAUGUUCAAACCCUUUUUUGAUGGCAAAAAAUACCGAAAACAUCAAGAACUUAUCGAAAAAUUAGGGUAUCGCGCUGUGAUCAUGUAUGCGCUUUAGGCUAGUCAGCUGCAUCCUCCUUUUCUGGCGUCAUAAAGCGAGCUGUGGCUAAACUGUUAUAAGCAUAGGCCUCUUUGUUCACCGGAUUUGGCGUCAGAAAUCGGCGCUUCGAGGGAUUCGCGAUCAAAAAAGGGAGUCGCGGGGAUUAGGUCGGUUAAGUUUAGACAUGUCUUUGUGAGGCUGGGGAUCCCUGGUAUCAAAAUGGACAUGAUAUGGGGGUAAAUUGGACUUUGUAGGCUAGGGUACAACUUAUCAAAGUAAGUAAAACCAAGUAAAUCUUGAUUUUUUCUUACUUCUGCUCCUACAAUAUAAGUUCGUUGGCUCUUGCCUGAUCUAGACUACAAUUUGCCAUUUUGAGGCCCGCAGGAAAUGUUGUCGGCUCCCUUAUCCACCUAAUAACACCAUUAAAAUCCUGAACCACCUUCCUGACCGCGGGUAAAUUACAUUAACUCCAAUCUCGCCGGUAAUCCACAAAGGAAUAAUCAGCGGGACAUUGGGAAAGGAAUUACAUCUACCGGCUUCCCUUUGCGGGCGAUUUACGUCACUUAAAGUCAAAUUGAGACCCUGUUUAGAUCCUUGAGCCUUAUAGAGUAGUAUAGGCAUCUGCUUAGCUGUUCAUUCCUGUCAUACUCCGCGCUUUAACGCGCUGAUUAACCCCAUGCAGAUUAAUUGAACCGCGAAACAAUCGGAAACCCUCAGAACCGACUAACAUUGCGUAACCGCGAGAUUUGGAGUGUUUGAUGAUUGUCUUGAGAAUGUCGAGACCCAACUUUUUAGUGCCGACCUUGACUUUUGGCUGGGCAUUUCCCACCUUUCCGGUCGUAACCACCAGAUUGAGGGGUCAUGAGGUUGUAAAUGAAAGAAGGUCCAAAAACCGGGGGUAAAACUACAAAAUUGGCUGAAAACUUGCCAAACUACUGUCAAUGUAUACAGUAACCAGAAGAUUCUGACCUCAGUUGGUCAUAAAAUCAGCAAUUGACGCUUAUCUCUGCUGGCAUCUGUCCUCAGCCGGGUGCGGGUCGUAAAAUACGCGGCAAAUUCCAUUGAAAUUGCGCCGGAAUUUACUGCUGGUGUCAGAAUGCAGGUGCUAAUUUCCCUUCUUUUCACCACGAAAUCCCGACCAUUUUAUGACUCAAUUAGCCACUUUUUUCGAUUCAGGCCAUUGUUGCGCAAUGUUUUAUGAGCUCCCUUAUCUGCAGUCGAAUCUGACUAUGCAAAUGUGAGCAGCUGAGACAGGCAAAGGCAUUUGUUUAAACACAACGAAUUAGCCAAGGGCCGAUCGGGUUUCAGGCAACAAGUGGUUGGAUUAAUGUUUGGCUAAUGCGCAUUUAAUGGUCAUCGAGGGGUCAGCGAAUUAAAAUACGCGGAUUGGGUUACACCGGGGUCAAAACAAAUACUUCCACAGCAAUUUGAACACUAAAAAUAAGGCAACAAAUGGAGAACAACUUACUGAUUACAUUCUUUUAGGUAACCUCGUGGCCUACAGCCUUCGCCAAACCCGUGCCAAGUCUCCAGAAGCCUUCGCGGCGCAAGUGAAGAAGCUCCACAAACUUCUUUAUGGUCUCAAAAAGAAAAACGCCUUCCUUUCCGGGGUCGGUCGAUUCGUUCAGCGCCUCUUCAGAACCAUCUGA